AAAAGUAUUAAAAUCUUCCUAUUUCCAGACAUCUUUGACCAAGCAGCGUUAGGGUACUACGUCCUAAAACUACUCAUAUCCACAAAAUUUGUAGCCAUAUCAGUCGUCAAAUUGUUUUCUACGUGUAAAUGCAUAGAUUCAGGAUUUUACUAUAAUAGAACUUUUGAAUUGUAUAAAUAUCACUUUAGAGCUUAUCAAUCCAUUCAAAUAUUCUACAAAAUUACAAUCUUAACUACUAAAGACAUUUACAGAUCCAAAAAGAAGAUGUCGUCGAACCAAGAAUUAAGCUACAAGGCCGGAGAAGCCACCGGUCAAGUCCAGCUGAAGAAGGAAGAGUGCUUGGACAAAGUAUCACACUCAAUGAAUAAGAAUGCUGAUCAUCACACUCAGUUGCAGUCACACUCGGAACAUGAUCAGAACAAUCCGUCCCUAAUUUCUCAGGCCUCUAAUGUCAUCCAACAGACAGGUGGACAAGUGAAGAAUAUGGCACAAGGAGCAGCAGACGCUGUGAAGAACAGUCUCGGGAUGAGUCCAGCCACCAACAACCCUAGCAGCCCUGCUGGCAUGACCCGCCCAAGCAACCCUAGCUCCAGGAAUAAUUAAAGAAGUGUUUGGCCUGAUCUUCUCAAUAUAAACAAAAACGCAUGCUGUAAUUUUGGUUUUUGUUUGUUUGUUUAAGUUUCUAAAUUUUUGUUAUUUAAAAAAAAUAUGUUAUUUAAAAAAAAUUAUUGUACGCAUUGAGACAUUUUAAGUGCCUCAUUCACAAUAAACCGUAAUUAGUAAUGUUUAUGUCUUAUGAAUUGAUGUGUCAAAUGUGACAGAUCUUCUGUUCCAAAUUCUGGUGUCAGUGUGUAUUAUAUAUAAGAGUCUAUAUAUAACAGAAGAAGCUUGAGCAAGAAUCUAUAUAUAACAGAAGAAGCUUGAGCGAGAAGGUCUUAGCAAAUUAGUCAAAUACUAUUACUGAAUUUAAAUUAGUUAAAUACUGUUGGGAUUACAAAAUUUCAUGUCCAACUCUAUUUUAUUGUCUACUUUGGGCCUAAGAGACUGGCCCGCAUGGAUUACUUUUGGUUUUGGGCUCUUUUCCAAAAGGCCUAGUACUAUUAAAGUUGGAUUUCUCUUUAUAUAUUAGAUUUUUCUUUGUCUAAUAUUCGAAAUGAAACUUAACUUGUUAUCUCACAUUCUCCCCCUCAAGCUAAGGAUCACAUCCAUCUCGUGUGUUUCCUUCGGCGAAUCAUAUUUGGCACCACCUUGUACCGGUAAUCACAUGGCUUCCUUUGAGAAUGAUCUUUCUCCGACAACAUCACAGAUUCCAUGAUCUUCUAACUAAUAUAUGCCAAACUUUUUUAUUCUUCUUUAAAGGAUCCCGUUCUUACUUAAGGAUAUUGUGGUCUUCUUGCAGAUCUUCGUCAACCUGGCUCUGAUACCAAUUGUUGGGAUUACGAAAUCCUAUGUGCAACUCUAUCUUAUCUUAUUAGUACGAUAUUGUCCACUUUGGGUCUAAGAGACUGAUCCGCAUGGAUUUACUUUUGAUUUUGGGCUCCUUUCCCAAAGGCCUCGUACUAUUAGAAUUAGACUUCUCUUUGUAUAUUAGAUUUUUUUUUGUCUAAUAUCCGAUGUGGAACUUAACUUGUUAUCUCACAAAUAUUAUUACUGAAUUUAAUUAUUUCAACAACAAAAUAUUCUUAUUUCUGUUGGUAUGUGAUGCAGCAAGAUAUUUAGAAAUUAUCCAAAUAUAUUUAUUAUUCAUUAGUUUACAUAGAUACUAAUUUCUUAUUGUAUUUUUCUAUAUUUUAAUAGUUUUUUUUAUUUUAAUUGAGAUUAGAAUUUUCAGAGAUUUAAAGAUUUAUUAUAAAUAGGCAUUUAAGCCAAAUUGUAUGCAGUUUGAUUUGAUUAAUAAAGAGCUUUGUCUUUUGGGAAAAUAAUAUUCUACAUUUCUUGUAUUGAUUUGAUUAGAUUCAUCAACCAAAAAACAAAUCCCAAGCGAGAAUUCUCUAGAAUUCUUUGGUUGAGCUGGCAGGUCCUGAACGUGGUUUCUAUGACUUUUUGGUUGAGCUGUUUAUUGACUGAUAUACAAAUACAGGAAAAGAAAAACCUGAAUCUUGUAUAAUGCCACUAGCUUUCGGUAUUGUUUUGAUCAAACCGAAACGAAGUAUACACCACUGUUAACAACUAAAAUGGUAAAAAAUAUAAUUCAAAAACCUCCUUAACAUUGGUGACACUUGGAUAAUCUCUAAUAAAUUAUUCAUUAAACUGUUAACUAUUUAAAAUCUCCCAAAUUAUAUCAACUUUACAUUAUAGCAUUUUUAUUCCAAACGCAUUAUAUUUCCAAUGAUUUUUGUUUUUGUUUUUGUUUUUGUGGGUUUUAUGGCAUUUCAGGGCUUUCUCCCUUAAAAAAAAUGAAUGCGAUUAUGAUGGAAGCUUCAUGGAUAUGAUGGAGGUCCUACUGGGCUCACCCGUGGAGUCCUAUCCUAAGAACAAUAUUUCGAUGCUGGGUCAUCAAACCGACAAUGGUUUAAAUCCGACCAGCGAGAUCUUCCAACAUACCAACUUAUCAACUGAUCAUCAGUCUGAACAAAAAUCUGGUGGUCUCAGCUACAGAGUGGUUAAUAGGAUUUGAUCUCCCACCACUCCAAAAAGAGAACGUAAGUCAUCAACAAAAUUUCAGGAACCCGACUCUUGUUCCUUCUCCAAACUCCUAUAUAUCUCCUCUGCACGGUUACAGUCCCUAAAUAUGUUCUACAACUCUUAUUCACAGGUAACAUUGUCUUUUAUGUGUUUAUGAUUGAUCUCUAAUACGUAAGAUAUUUUUUUUUUGAAUGAAACUAACACGUAAGAUAUACUGUACUCUGGAAGCCCCUUUGGUCCAGUGCUUUGACCAAAGAUUCAUUGAUGUUUCUAUACCAGGAGAUUUGGGAUUUAAUUCCCGCGCGGAACUAUGCGAAUUAAGGAAGAAAAAAGGCCUACAAGAGAUAUGCAGUGUUAAAAAAAAAAGAUAUACUGUACUCUAUGAUAAAUAGUUGAAUGAAUAUGUGAUUGAACAAAUACAGUAGAACCUCUAUAAAUUAAUAUUCGAUAUAUUAAUAAUCUCUAUAAAUUAAUAAAUUUAUUCGGUUCCGAUUUGGACCGAUUCAAAAUUUGACACAAAUCGAUAAAACAAUAAAAUAAUAAUAUUUUAAAAUUUCUAUGUAAAUAUAUGGUCUUAUUAAAAUUAUAUAUUAAUAAUUUAUAUGUAUAAAUAUUUUAUAUAAGUAAGAACCUAUCAUUAUAUUGUUUGUUUUAUAUUCACAGUGAAAUUAUCUUUAUAUUUUCUUAACACUUAAAAUAUUUUGAUGAGAUUUAGUAAUAUUAUAUUUAAAACCACAUUUAAGUUAUAUGCAAUAUAUAUUAUACACACCAAAUAAUAUAAUAAAAUUAGCAUAAAUGCAAAAUUUCAAAAACUAACAAUUAAUGUCUAUACACUAAAAUCAAAUACUCCCUCCGUAUCACUUUAAGUGGUGUUUUGAGAGAGAAAAAUUGUUUCAUUUUAAGUGAUGUUUUCAAGUUUCAAUGCAAAAAGUAAAUGCAAUUUUAUGUUUUUGACUAUUUGUAUUCUGAAGUAUGAUUUUUAAUUGGUUGAAAUAUCUGUAUUUAUUGUUGUUUUUAUACAAACGAUAAAGAUUGAAUAAAAUUUUGUAAUUCCUUAAUCGGUGUGCAAGAACUUUAAUACCCACUUAUUAUGAUACAUAAGGAGUAUAUUUUUUUAUCUUAGAAUAAAUAUAUCUUAAAAUAAUAAAUUUAAAAUAAAAAACUUUUAUAAAUUAAUAAAAUUUCAAAGUCUCAACAUUAUUAAUUUAUAGAGGUUCUACCCUAUUUGACAAUAGAGUUAGGUAUGUUAUCUAAAAAAUAUUACGUGUAAUAUGUAAAAGGUCCCAGCAA